UCAUUAAUCAUUUUCCUUUUGUCCUUCUCUAUCUGCCGUUUAUUUCGAUAGGGUCUCAUAAUUUAGUUUUCGGAGCUUUUCACGAAUGGGUUUAUUCCUAGGAGGAAUCGCUUGUUGUUACUGUCUUUCUUUUAUCUUCUGAGAUCGGUGUUCCAAGAUCUGUUCCUAGCGCUCCUCCCUUUUGAUCCGUGCGAAUUUUGUUUGGAUUUUAAAUGUUUGAAAUUUAUAUUAGCCCAGUAGACCCAUCUUGGUAAUAUUUUUUUCCUUUCACUUCACUGCGUGAUUUGGUGGGUUUUUGGCUCUGUUGAUGGAUGUGGGGAUUUCUGCGGCAGCAUUGACGAAACCGGGGUUUACUUUAUGACUUUUAUUUGACAGCCGGAGUCUUAAAAGCAUUUGAUUUUGUGGUUGAUGGUGUUAUUUCAAAACUGUGCAUUUGGCCCGUGUAUGAUCUUUUCAGAAAAAGACCUUCAGGAAAUUAAGGAUAGCGGCUGCUAAUAGACAACAAGCUUCCAUUCAAAUGGGGGAAUUCGCCCAGGACGAGUAUGUAGCUGUCAGUGAAUCAACUUCCACCAGAGCAAAUCACUCAAGUAAAGUUUCAGUUCUUCCUCUUGUGUUUCUCAUCUUCUAUGAGGUUUCAGGUGGGCCAUUUGGGGUAGAGGAUACUGUGCAAGCAGCUGGUCCUCUCUUAGCCCUCCUUGGAUUCUUGUUUUUCCCAUUAAUAUGGAGUGUUCCUGAAGCUUUGAUCACGGCGGAGAUGGGUACCAUGUUCCCUGAAAACGGUGGUUAUGUGGUUUGGGUUUCCUCUGCUCUGGGUCCCUAUUGGGGGUUUCAGCAAGGUUGGAUGAAAUGGCUAAGUGGGGUGAUAGACAAUGCUUUAUACCCAGUUCUAUUUCUUGACUAUCUGAAAUCAGCAGUACCAGCUUUAGGUGGUGGAUUACCUAGAGUUGCUGCAACAUGGGGUUUAACUAUUGUGCUCACUUACUUGAACUAUAGGGGUAUGGUCAUUGUGGGAUGGGUAGCUGUUUGUUUAGGGAUUUUCUCACUCCUCCCUUUUGUGGUUAUGGGGUUCUUGUCAAUUCCUGAUCUAGAGCCUUCAAGAUGGGUUGUGGCAAAUCUGAAUGAUGUUAACUGGAAUUUGUAUCUGAACACUCUAUUUUGGAAUCUGAACUAUUGGGAUUCCAUAAGUACUCUUGCUGGAGAAGUGGAUAAUCCAAAGAAAACUCUUCCAAGGGCUUUGUUUUAUGCUGUGAUUCUAGUAGUUCUAGGGUACUUCUUUCCUCUCCUAAUUGGUACUGGUGCUGUUCCUCUCAACCGGGAUCUUUGGUCUGAUGGCUACUUCUCAGAUGUUGCUAUGAUCAUAGGAGGGGCAUGGUUGAGAUGGUGGCUUCAGGCUGCUGCCGCCAUGUCAAAUAUGGGAAUGUUUGUUGCUGAAAUGAGCAGUGAUUCAUUCCAGCUACUAGGCAUGGCUGAGAGGGGAAUGUUGCCUGAGUUCUUCACCAAGAGGUCUCGCCACGGAACACCUCUAGUAGGAAUACUCUUUUCUGCAUCAGGUGUGAUUAUACUGUCAUGGAUGAGCUUUCAAGAAAUUGUAGCUGCUGAAAAUUUCUUGUACUGUUUUGGGAUGAUUCUGGAGUUUAUUGCAUUCAUUCUGUUAAGGAUCAGACACCCCAAUGCAUCUCGCCCUUACAAGGUAGCAGGGGGAACAGUAGGAGCAAUUUUGCUCUGUAUCCCUCCCACAAUUCUGAUUGGUGUUGUGUUGUUUUUCUCCUCACUCAAAGUAAUGUUUGUGAGCCUCAUUGCUAUGGCAAUAGGCCUUGUGUUGCAGCCUUGCCUCAAAUAUGUGGAGAAAAAGAGAUGGAUGAAGUUUUCCCACAGUUCUGAUCUCCCUGAUUUUGGCAAUCUGGAGGUGAAUCGCUCUUUGGUGUAUUAAUCUGUCUUGUUUCAAUAAUGUGAAGAAGAUUUGCUCUUCAGGUUCCUUAAACAAGCUAGUUAAUUUAAACCAUGUCAGGGCAACUUUGUAUCCAACACCUUUGGUAAUCUAUCUGGUUGUCUAUGAUUUUAGUUUGAUCAAUAGAUAGAUGAGGUGGUAAUUAGAAACUUGGAAGCUAUAAUUUAGAAUUUCUUUGGAAACUCAGUUAUUUGUUUAUAAGAAAAUUCCUGUUAUCAUUUGAAGAGGGAGAAAAAUAAGAUUUGCAUGUUUUUCUUAUGUAAUUUGAAGUUGUUUGGUAGAGAAGUUAAAUCAUGAAUCUAGUUCUUUUGGUAGCUUUUAGAUUGAUUGGUAGAUAUGCUUUCUGUAAAACAGUAAUAGUUAUUUGCAUUAUUUUUCUUUUUA